ACACACACACACACGAGCGCGCGAAGUGAAAAUGUGCGCGGGCACAGCCUGUUUGACUGUCGUCCAGCUUGAUGCGUUUCGUAGCAUAUGGGUAUUGUAGGCCUUGGGAAAAAAGUCUGCCUUUUUAUUUUUGUAGUUCUGUGGGCAUCUCUCUCCCUCCUCCCCCCUCUCUCUCUCUCUCUCUCUCUCUUCCUGGCUUUCGUCAGCAGUUUUCCAUCAAUGCCUGCUUCAGUAAACCAGCACUACUGCAUGACUUGAUGUGGCUUGAAAGCUGAUGGGGGUUAUAAGUAUUAACGAGUACGUUAAAAAAAAGGAGGAGAAGGAGUGCAGGAGAGGGACCGAUACUGCGGGCGCUGCCCUCGCUUGGGCAUUGGACGGUGAUUUGCGGGAAGAUGAGGUACCUUCAGUAAAAUCGAUAGUCAUUUUUUUCUGUAUCGUCCCUGUCUGGCAGCUAAAGGGCGCUUUGGAGCUCUAGUAGGUCAUCGCUGUUAUCCUAUCGGACUUUACUGCAGGAGUUGUGUGGAAGUAGAGAGCAAAGUGUCUGCGGGCAAACUAGUCGAGUGGAAAGAACCGAGGAAAGACGACAACGGCAACAGCGCAGGUGGUUCGAAACUCUGUCACGCCGGCCACGGGACGACUCGGACUAAUCGCGAGCUCUUUAAUGUCAAAGAUCAGAGACAGCACAGAGAGCAGCCGACCUUCCGCAAGUUACCUCGAUAGAGCAGAUGUCCAGUGACACGAUGCGGGGACAUUGGAAAUGUUCGGGCUUGUGUGGAGUUCUUCUCCCUCUCAUCUGGAUAACAUUUUCCCUAACGCUUAUGGAUUUGGUCGGGUCUCAGCAGCAGAUCCCCUUGUCUGUCGUCAAGUUAUGGGCUUCUGCUUUUGGAGGAGAAAUCAAAUCCAUUGCAGCCAAGUACUCUGGUUCACAGCUUUUACAGAAGAAAUACAAAGAAUAUGAAAAGUCUGUUGCUAUAGAAGAGAUUGAUGGUUUGCAGCUUGUGAAAAAGUUGGCACGAGAUAUGGAAGAGAUGUUUCAUAAGAAGGCAGAAGCAAUGAGACGUCUCGUAGAGGCAGCAGAAGAAGCCCACCUGAAGCAUGACUAUGACCCAGACUUGCAGUAUGAAUACUUCAAUGCUGUGCUGAUCAAUGAAGUUGAUGAAGAAGGGAACAAUGUGGAGCUGGGAAAAGAGUUCAUUCUGGAGCCAAAUGAUCAUUUCAAUAAUCUGUCAGUUAAUAUCAGCCUCAGUGUUGUACAAGUGCCAACCAAUAUGUACAAUAAAGAUUCUGCCAUUGUGAAUGGAGUAUACUGGUCGGAAGCUUUGAAUAAAGUAUUUGUUGACAAUUUUCAGCGUGACCCCUCAUUGAUUUGGCAAUACUUUGGAAGCUCAAGAGGAUUUUUCAGACAGUAUCCAGGUAUAAAGUGGAAGCCAGAUGAACAUGGAGUAAUUGCUUUUGAUUGCAGAAACAGAAAAUGGUAUAUCCAGGCAGCAACCUCUCCAAAGGAUGUUGUGAUAUUGGUUGAUGUUAGUGGCAGCAUGAAAGGGCUGCGAUUAACAAUUGCAAAGCAAACAGUUUCGUCAAUUUUGGACACACUUGGAGAUGAUGACUUUUUCAAUAUAAUUGCUUACAAUGAAGAACUGCACUAUGUGGAGCCUUGUCUGAAUGGCACUUUGGUCCAGGCUGACCGCAACAAUAAAGAUCAUUUUCGAGAACAUCUUGAUAAGCUGUUUGCCAAAGGAAUCGGAAUGCUGGAUAUUGCCCUCACUGAAGCAUUUACUGUUCUUCAUAAUUUUAACAGCAGCGGUCAAGGGAGUCUCUGCAGUCAAGCCAUUAUGCUGAUCACAGAUGGAGCAGUUGACACAUAUGAGACAGUGUUUGCAAAAUACAAUCCCGACAGAAAGGUUCGAAUAUUUCCAUACCUAAUUGGACGUGAGUCAGCAUUUGCUUAUAACCUCAAGUGGAUGGCUUGUGCUAAUAAAGGAUACUUCACCCAGAUAUCUACUCUGGCUGACGUACAGGAAAAUGUGAUGGAGUACCUCCACGUCUUAAGCCGCCCCAAAGUUAUAGACCAGGAACAUGAUAUCAUAUGGACCGAAGCCUACAUUGACAGCACACUCCCUCAGGCCCAGAAGCUUGGUGACACUCAGGGUCCUGUUCUGAUGACUACUGUGGCGAUGCCCGUGUUUAGCACAAAGAAUGAGACGCGCAGGGAAGGAAUUCUUCUUGGUGUUGUUGGCACAGAUGUCCCAGUUCAAGAACUACUGAAAGCGAUACCCACAUACAAGCUAGGGAUUCACGGAUAUGCCUUUGCAAUCACCAACAAUGGAUACAUCCUGACUCAUCCAGACCUCCGGCCUCUGUAUGAAGAGGGAAAAAAGAGAAGAAAACCAAAUUACAGCAGCGUAGAUCUAUCUGAGGUGGAAUGGGAGGAUAAAGACGAUAUUCUUCGGAAUGCCAUGGUGAACAGAAAAACAGGGAAGUUUUCUAUGGAAGUGCGGAAGGCAGUGGACAAAGGGAAACGAGUGCUUGUGAUGACCAAUGACUAUUUCUACACAGAUAUUAAGGGAACACCAUUCAGUCUAGGAGUGGCUUUAUCCAGAGGUCAUGGAAAGUAUCUUUUCAGAGGAAAUGUCACAGUGGAAGAAGGAUUACAUGACCUGGAGCAUCCAGAUGUUGCCUUGGCAGAUGAAUGGACGUACUGCAACACUGAUGUACACCCUGAACACCGUUACCUAUCGCAGAUUGAAGCCAUCAAGCUCUACCUUACUGGGAGGGAGCCUCUGCUACAGUGUGAUAAAGAAUUAAUUCAAGAAGUGCUUUUUGAUGCAGUUGUCACUGCCCCAUUGGAAGCAUACUGGACCAGUCUCGCAUUGAAUAAAUCUGAAAAUUCUGACAAAGGAGUGGAGAUUGCCUUUUUAGGAACUCGUACUGGUCUGUCCAGAAUAAACUUAUUUGUAGUUCCAGAGCAGCUUACGAACCAAGACUUCCUGACUGCUGAAGACAAAGAAGGCGUAUUCAAUGCAGACCACUUCCCAUUAUGGUACAAGAGAGCCGCAGAGCAGAUACCAGGCACAUUUGUGUAUUCACUUCCAUUUGGGGCAGGCACAGAAAAUAAAAGUGUUGUUUUAGCCAGCACUGCUAUCCAACUUUUAGAUGACAGGAAAUCCCCCAUCGCAGCAGCUGUAGGUAUACAGAUGAAACUGGAAUUCUUCCAAAGGAAAUUUUGGACUGCCAGCAGACAGUGUGCUGCACUCGAUGGGAGGUGUUCAAUAAGCUGUGAUGAUGAGAAUAUCAACUGUUACCUUAUAGACAACAAUGGGUUCAUUCUUGUUUCAGAAGACUACUCCCAGACAGGGACCUUCUUUGGGGAGGUUGAAGGUGCUGUAAUGAACAAGUUGCUAAUUAUGGGCUCCUUUAAAAGGGUAACACUGUACGAUUACCAAGCCAUCUGUAAAAUCUAUGCAGAAAGUAGUGACAGUGCAAGCACCUUGCUGGAUCCCUACUUUGCCUUCUUUGCUGCCAUAAAGUGGAUAAUGACUGAACUUAUUAUAUAUUUGGUGGAGUUCAAUCUCUACAGCUGGUGGUAUUCAGACCUUACAGCAAAAGCACAAAGGGGCAGAGCAAUGCUAGUGCCUUGUGAUACAGAGUACCCUGCCUUUGUAUCGGAGCGAACAAUCAAAGAGACAACAGGGAAUAUCGACUGCGAAGAAUGCUUCAAAUCCUUUGUCAUCCAGCAGAUCCCCAGUAGCAAUCUCUUCAUGGUGGUGGUCGACAACGAAUGUGAUUGCACAUCAGCCACACCCAUCACAAUGGAACCAAUUGAAAUCAUGUAUAAUGAAUCCCUUAAGUGCGAACGUUUGAAGUUCCAAAAGGACAGAAGGCGGCCAGACUCCUGUCAUCCAUUCCAUGAGGAGGAGGAAGCGAAGCAAUGUGGCAAUGCUUACCGACUGAACAGCAGACCAGCCACUGUUCUUCUCUCUCUCUUCCUUGCCAUUUUCACGAGGUGACGAGCACUGGACUCUUCUUUAAACGGCAUGCUAAAACACAGAGAGAAUCCACAAACUGGACCUUUUAGGGUGACAUGCAAGAAUUCCUCUUUAGUUGAAAACAUCAGCAUUUCAUGGACAUCGAUGAAUUUAAAAUGUGGCUGGAGUAAUGCUAUGUGUGUGAAGAUGAGUUUCCAAAAAUAACAUUUUAAAAAUUAGAAGUAUCUUCAUAAUUUUGCAAGCAGUAAUCAAACUGUGAAACUGGGACAUAACGUUUGCAGACAUGAGUGGUAGUUAUUUUAAGCUUUGCCUUAUCUUUAAAAAAAAAAAACAAAAAACAAAAUGAUCUUGUGUACUUUUUAAAUAAAGUUAUCUUUAAAAUA